AGAGAGAAGACAAAAGGAUCUCAAUCCAAUUGAAUCAUAGCAAAAUUAAGUUUUGCAUUCGAAGAAAAUCUUGUUUUUCUUGAUUUGAUGAAAAUGGCAGCCAUGCAACUAACAAGAACCGCUCUCUUUGGUCUCUCAAAGGCUUUCCCUGGAAUCAAAGCUCCGCCUACUCUCGUUGCUUCUACCCGGAAAGUCUCUCGCGUCUGCUUCGCCUCCUCCGUUAGCCAAAACGAGGGAAGAGAUCCUCUAGAUAACGCUAGGGACUCGAGGGCUGAUUCAUCUUACGGGUCAAAGAAAUGGAGGGAGGAUACCGGCGAAAACUAUGCCCAAUCAGCUAAAGACAAGGCUAACGAAGGAGCAAGCAAAGCUGCAGAUAAAGCCUACGAGACAAAAGAGCAAGCAAAGGAUAAAGCCUACGAAACUAAAGAGCAAGCAAAGGAUACAGCCUACAAUGCAAAAGAGAAGGCCAAGGAUUAUGCUGAGCGGACUAAAGACAAGGUGAACCAAGGCGCGUCUAAGGCAGCGGAUAAAGCGGAAGAUACAAAAGAAAGAGCUAAGGAUUACGCAGAAGAUACAAUGGACAAUGCAAAGGAGAAAGCUCGAGAUGCGAAAGAGAAGGUCAAAGAGUAUGGAGAAGAUACUAAGGAGAGGGCAGAAGGGUUUAAGGAGACUGUAAAGGGUAAAGCUGAGGAACUUGGAGAGAAGACCAAGGAGACGGUGAAAGGAGCUUGGGAGAGUACGAAAAACGCUGCCCAAACCGUCACUGAAGCUGUGGUUGGGCCUGAAGAGGAUGCGAAGAAGGCACGGGCUGAUAUCGAUAAAGGCGUGGAAGAUCAUACGAAGAAGAAAAAGGCGGAGAAAGAUCAAAAAGAGGACGAUUUCAUAACAUUUAACUGAUGAGGAAAUAAAGUUGCCUAUGCGUUCUGAAAUGUUAUAACUUUAUGUAAUGCUCUGUUUUCUCUCAGUUUCUUCUCUGUUUUAAAACUACGCUUGAUCUCAUGUAUGUGACAAUGUGAGAUGCAUUAGUAUAUAAAUAAUAAAUCUAUGGUUAUUUACACAA